GAGUGCGCCUGCGCGCUUGGGCCGCUCUCACUGGCGGAAUCAUGGCGGCUCAGGUGGACUGUGAAUUCCUGGUGAAGAAAGCUCGAGAUUUAGUGGCGGAGGACCCAUGGGCCGCCAAAGCGUGGCUAAUUACCGCCAGGACGUUGUACCCUACAGAUUUCGGAAUUCAGUAUGAAAUGUACAUGAUUGAACGAAAUGCUGAGAGAACAGCUUCAGCUGGAAGACUACUUUAUGACAUGUUUGUAAAUUUCCCUGAUCAACCAAUGGUAUGGAGAGAAAUAAAUGUUAUUACAGCAGCACUGCGUAAUGAUGCCCAGGACAAGCAAACACAGUUUUUACGAGGAUUAUUUGAGACUCUUCCAGGUCGAAUACAAUGCGAAAUGCUUCUUAAAGCUACAGAGCAAUGCUUCAACACACUGGAGAGAGCAGAAAUGUUGUUGCUGCUCUUGAGACGAUUCCCGGAAUCUGUAGUGCAGCACGGAGUUAGCCUUGGUGAAACACUAUUGGAAGCAGAAAACCUUGAUGAUCAAGACUCACCAGUCAAUUGUUUUAGAAAGUUAUUUGUAUGUGAUGUCCUUCCUCUAAUUAUCAAUAACCCUGAUGUGAGAUUACCUGCCAAUCUGUUAUAUCAGUAUCUCCAUAAGGCAGCAGAGUUUUAUAUUGGUUACGUCACCAGAUCUCCUUCAUUGGAAAGCCAGCAUCAAGGUUCCCAAGACACAGCUGAUAUGAAAUCACCGACCAAACGAAGUACUCAGAAAUAUAUCAUAGAAGGUCUGACUGAGAAAUCAUCAUUAAUAAUGGAACCAUGGGACAGAUUGUUUGAAAUUAUGUCUGUUGUGGCAAUGAGGUGUGAGUGGCAGAUGGACAAAGCAAACAGGAACUGUGGUGAAAUUCUGCACCGGAUGAAAGAUUUAUGCAGGUAUAUAAAUAACUUUGAUGAUGAAGGUCACAGGAAGUAUAAGCAUCAAGUUGUUUAUUCUACACUGCUGAUUUUCUUCAAGAAUGCAUUCCAAUAUGUCAGUAGUAUCCAACCAUCUCUUUUUCAAGCAUCCAGUCCUUCUAGCAACCAAAUUCCCCUUAUUUUGUUGGAUGAUUUAUCAAAUAUCUAUGGUGAUGUGGAUAUUGAUAGAAGUAAACACAUUCAUAAGAGACGGAAGCUUGGAGAAGGGAGGGAGAAAACACUGAGUUCAGAUGAUGAAGAAUGUUCUGGAAAAGGACGUAGCCGUCAUAUUAUUGUGAAUAAAAUUGAGCUGCCAAACUCCAUUGAUGUACUUGAGAACUUUAAGCUUGCAAGAGAAAGUUGGGAGUUGCUUCAUUCUCAAGAAGCUUUGGAAAAAGAAUUUACGCGAAUCUGCAUGUCUUGGAAGACUGAAACCUGGUUGUGGUUGAGGAUAUUCAUAACGGACAUGAUUGUAUACCAGGGUCAAUACAGGAAAGCAAUAAACAGUCUUCAUCAGUUAGGUGCUCUUCAAGGAGCCCAGCAGCAUGUCAUGAGUCAGGGCACACUUGAACAACAGAGAGCACUAAUCCAAAUGGCUGCCUGUCACUUUGCAUUAGGAGAAUACAGAAUGACAUGUGAUAAGGUUUUGGAUGUUAUGUGCAGUGUCAUUCCAUGCGUGCAAGAUGUGGUAAAAGUACAAGAGGAAAUUCCAAAAGUGAAACCUAGAUUUAGGAAAGACCUCAAACUGUUGCCUUGUACAAGUAAAGCUAUGAUGCCAUAUUGCCUUCAGUUAAUGUUGGCCUGCUUUAAGGUAAUACACAAUUUGUCCUUAACCACAUCUGUUGAUAUUGACAUGUUGGAAGAAUUUGCUUAUCUCCGAACUGCAGAAGGUGGUAAAAUUCAUCUCGAAUUGUUACCAAAUCAAGGUCUUCUAAUUAAGAAUUCUAGCCCUCCACUGGGCGUUCUUCCGCAAGAGUUCAAACUGCAGCCCAGCAGUCAGACAGCUGACAGACAUCACACUGUAACCCGAGGUAUUACAAAGGGAGUGAAAGAAGAUUUCCGAUUAGCUAUGGAGCGACAGGUUUCUCGCUGUGGGGAAAAUCUAAUGGUUGUACUACAUAGAUUUUGCAUCAAUGAGAAGAUAAUAUUGCUUCAGACUUUAAUGUGACAGAUAUAUCCAAAUCUUUUCCUUUUUAGAAUAUAUGGAUGUUUUUGUGAAUCUGCUGAACUGCACUGCUCAUGUCUUUUGUAUUGUAAAGUUUGUUAUUGGAUUUUAUUCAUGAGUGAGGCUGUCAGAAUUGAACUCGAUACACAGACUUGAAAGGAUGUAUUCUAAUUCCAUGGAAAAAAUGUUGAAUCCUCAAGUAAUCCAUUUUAUUGAAGGUUUGUAUUCAUUAAGGCUGGCGAUCACAGUACUAAAGGACUAAAUAUUUCAUUCCA